AUGAAAGCAAUCAGGGUCAAGAAUGGCAAGGGAGAUGCCGAUGCUCUCUAUGUCGGUGAAGCUCCUGACCCUACCCCAGGGCCCAGAGAUGUGCUUAUCGUGGUGAAGGCAUUCGGUCUCAAUCGCAUGGACAUCAUGCAGCGAGAGGCAAAGUACCCUUACGCAUUGCUGCCAGAAUCCGGGGAUAUAAUGGGAGUUGAGUUUAGCGGAGUUGUCAAGGAGAUAGGAGCCGAGUGCACCUCUGAUUUCAAGGUUGGUGACAGAGUGUUUGGCCUGGCUUAUGGUGGCGCUUAUGCCGAACUGAUCGCCGUCUCCGAAGGCAUGCUAAUGCACAUGCCCCCUGCAACCAGCUUCCAAGUGGCCAGUGGGAUUCCCGAGACCUUCUUUACAGCCAUUCAGGCAGUUCACCUGGUCGGCAGUCUCCAACCAGGCCAGACUGUUCUCGUCCACGCCGGGGCCUCGGGUGUAGGGCAGGCCGUCAUCCAGAUCGCAAAGGCAGCAGGGGCCAAGACAAUUUUCACAACCGCCGGUACCGAUGAUAAAUGCAACCUGUGCAGGUCUCUGGGGGCCGACUUUGCCGUCAACUACAAGACUGGCGAGGAGGACUUUGCGGACACGAUCGCGAGGGAGACAGGCGGCAAGGGUGUGAAUCUGAUUGUGGACCUGGUUGGACGCGAUUAUUGGGAUCGCAAUGUGGCUUCGGCGGCCAUGGAUUCACGAAUUGUCCUUGUUGCUCUGUUGAGUGGCGGGGUGGUGGACAAUUUCAACCUGAGGCAGCUGAUGAACAAGAGAAUCUGGGUCCAGGCUACAACGCUCCGAACAAGAAACAAGGAGUAUCAGCAGCAUCUGAGAGAUGUAUUCACGACGGUAGCACUGCCCGAGCUAGCCAAGGGAAUCAUGAAGAUCACGGUGGACAAGGUCUUCCGCUGGACAGACAUUGCAAAGGCUCACAAACGCAUGGAAUCUAAUGUCAACGCAGGGAAGAUCAUCUGUGUGAUCGGCUGA